AUGGCUCUCAACUUGGAGAAGCAGUUACUCUUCUAUGGCUCAUACCAUCACGAUCCUGUCAACGUCGGCAUCCAUAUCAUAUUUGUGCCCAUGCUGCUCUUGACGGGAUUUCUCUUCGGCACCAAUACGCCAGCUUUGCCAGUGCCAGAAUGGCUCGAGGUCCCCUACUUGCCACCUAAUCUUGGCACGAUAGCUUGCUGUCUCUAUUCGUCCUUAUACAUCUUGAUGGAGCCAGUAGCUGGAGCGAUGCUGGCACCACUCCUCCUCGCUGGAACAGCAUAUUCCAACCACCUCACUUCGACUUACGGUAUGCAGGCAAACUACAUUGCGAUCGGAGUACACAUCUUCUCUUGGCUGGUGCAGUUCUUUGGUCACGGGGUCUUUGAAGGUCGAGCUCCAGCACUCCUCGACAACCUGGUACAAGCGAUCUUCUUGGCACCAUUCUUCGUCUGGCUUGAGAUCCUGUUCGCAUUUGGCUACAGACCAGAACUCAAGUCGAGACUUGACGUUGCCAUUGAGCAGGAGAUUUCGAAAUUCAAAGCCAAGAAGGCCGCGAAGAAAGCCAACGGGCAGGUGAAAGCUAACGGAGGUGCAAACGGGCAUGCGAAAUGA